AUGGAGCAUCGCUGCCUCUGCUGCUGCAAGAUGAGGGCGCUGUGUUUGAACUUUGCCAUCACCUGUCUGUGGCUUCUGCCGACAACGGACCAAGAAACAUCAAAGCCCUUGGAUUAUGACAACAUCCAGCCUUUUGACCCGAUUCUUCACCCUCCUUUCUAUGAACUGGAGAUGGAAGGAGAAAGAGGAGAGGCCACGGGAGCUGCGCUGAAGGUCAAACAUCUCUCCAAAGACUUACAGAUCAUCUCCACCAAACCCAAAUCUACCGCUUACGGUGCUCUUGGCCCGUACCGUCGACCCCAGAACUUCUCCCAAGCCCUGGAUCAAUAUCUGUACCGCCCCCCGCCCAAAUCCAAACCUCCUGCGAAGACGUCCUCGAAGGGCAAGAAGAUCCUCGGCUGGGGUGAUUUCUACUUCAACGUGAAAACGGUGAAGUUCAGCCUCCUGGUGACGGGGAAGAUCGUCGACCACAUCAACGGGACAUUCAGCGUCUAUUUCCGGCACAACUCGUCCCGCCUGGGCAACAUAUCCGUCAGCAUCGUGCCGCCCUCCAAGGCUGUAGGGUGGGACGUUCUGGCACAGAACGGCCAUGCCCACACCCACACAGACGGCUCUGUUCCACUCCCGACUCCGGUUCCACUUCCGGUUCCAGAGUUCCAGUUCCAGAGCCCGCCCCAGUCCACCAGCUCGGCCUCCAUCGACCAGCAGAAGCAGCUUCAGCAGCAGGAGAUGGUGAUGGUCAGCGAACUCAACUGUCGGAUCGAGUACCAGAGAACCAACCGGUCCAAGAAGACCAAACCCUGCAUGUACGACCCGGGACAGACCUGCUACUCUGAAAACACCCAGUCCCAGGCAGCCUGGAUCUGCGCCAAACCCUUUAAAGUUAUAUGCAUCUUCAUCGCAUUCACCGGCACUGAUUACAGGCUGGUGCAGAAAGUCUGUCCAGACCAUAACUUUCAAACAGACCAACAUCAGCAGCACUUUGGAUGA